AUGGCAGAUCGGAAAUUGCUGUCUGCUCGGCAGAUUUCAGAGCACAAGACGCCCGAAGACUGCUGGGUUGUGGUCGACAAGCAGGUGUGGGAUGUGACCGAUUUUUUGGAAGAGCAUCCUGGCGGAUCUGCGAUUAUCCUGAAGCAUGCAGGUAGAGAUGCAACAAGAGCCUAUUCCGAAGUUCAUGCACCCAGCGUAAUGAAAAACAACCUCGACCCGAGCAAGCAUAAGGGUGUCCUUGAUGAGUCUACAAUUGACGCGGAGUGGGCCAAACCACCUCCAGAGGAAAGUCCAAAGGUGAUUCUAGAAAAUGAGAAAGCACCGUUGCACACCCUGAUCAACUCGCAUGACUUCGAAGUCGUGGCAUCGAAGACCGCCAACAAGAAGACCUGGGCCUUUUAUUCCAGUGCAGCUACAGAUCUAAUCACACGGAAUGCCAAUAAAUCAUGCUUUGACCGCAUAUGGUUCCGGCCGCGGGUCUUGAGAAAUGUCCGCUCGGUAGAUGCCCGAACAAACAUUCUCGGAGGGAGUUACAAGCUCCCACUAUUCGUGAGCCCGGCAGCAAUGGCUAAGCUGAUCCACCCGGAUGGGGAGCUCGCUAUUGCCAGAGCCUGUGAAAACAAAGGAAUUAUGCAAGGAAUUUCAAAUAAUUCAUCCUACACGAUGGAGGAGCUGCGUACGGCAGCACCCUCAGCCGACUUCUUCUUCCAGUUGUACGUCAACAGAGACCGAGGAAAGUCCGCCGACCUGCUGCGCCAGUGUUCAGCGAACCCGAACAUCAAAGCCAUUUUUGUUACCGUGGACGCCGCGUGGCCUGGUAAGCGCGAAGCCGACGAGCGCGUCAAGGCAGAUGAGAACUUAUCAGUGCCCAUGGCACCGUCGAAGGUGCAGAACGACAAGAAAGGCGGCGGACUUGGCCGUGUCAUGUCUGGGUUCAUUGACCCCGGGCUGACAUGGGAAGAUUUGAAAUGGGUAAAACAACACACGCAUAAGCCGGUGUGUUUGAAAGGAGUGAUGUCAGCGGAUGAUGCGCUGCUUGCCAUGAAAGCAGGGCUUGAUGGUAUCUUGCUCAGCAAUCACGGCGGUCGCAACCUGGAUACGAGCCCGCCGUCAAUCAUCACACUCCUGGAGAUCCACAGGCGUUGCCCGGAGGUCUUUGACCAUAUGGAGGUAUAUGUGGACAGUGGUAUUCGGCGUGGAACGGACAUCCUCAAGGCCGUGUGUCUGGGUGCAACAGCUGUGGGUAUGGGCCGGAGCAUGCUCUUCGCUACCAAUUACGGCCAGGAGGGAGUAGAGCACCUGAUUGACAUUAUGCAAGAUGAGCUGGAAACAUCUAUGCGAAACAUUGGCAUCACAUCUCUGGCGGAGGCGUCCCCCGAUCUCGUGCACACUGGGGAUGUCGACCAUCUGGUUCCGGCGUCUCGCUCGCACCCGUACGCUCAGGCCAUAGCUAAAGGGCGACGACUGAGUUUAUCGAAGCUUUGA